AUGGCCGCCACAGCACCCACUAGCGCUACCGCAACUCUGAAAGAUGUUGUCCAACCUAGAGUCACAUUCCUUGAUCUGCCUCAGGAAGUCCGACUCAUGAUCUAUCGCCAUUUGUUCAAAGACCAACCCAUCAUCAUCCAAGGAGAGGACUGCUACAAGCCCAGCUCCCAUGGCAACUGGUGCGUGGUAUCUCGCGAUCGAGCAAUGGGCCUCAACAUCCUCCUCACAUGCAAAUCCUGCUUGUGCGAAGCGAAACCGGUACUGCUGAACACGGCCAAGUUCGAUAUUUAUUUCGGGUCGAUUGGCAGCCUCGAAAGCCCCCAGCUUCAGGGUUUUUCUCGGCACGAGCUCUCGAUGGUGCGGUCCGUCACACUCCGCAGAGUGAAUUUAUGGCGCGGCCCCGUAAACAUGCUGCUGAGUAUCAUGAAGAAUCUGGUGAAGGUGACGAUCUUUUAUGGGCAUCUAGACUUCCAUUACUGGAGACUCGAGAGAUGGAUAAGUGGCAGCGUGAUAACCAUUCCUCGGGCGAUUCGCGACAUAUGGAAGUAUGAUAUGCACAAAAUGUUCCUGCCACAUAUGAAGAAGAAAGUCGAGACGCAGGCGGACGCGACUUUGAAGCUCGAAUAUCGUGCUGAGUUCUACGAUAGAACUGAAGCGGUCAUUCAUGCUGACCUCCUGGAGCAGCAAGUCUGGGUCACAGAGGCGAACUCGGGGAGCAAGAUUCUCAUGGAGCCACGAUCAGUGCCAAAGCUUGUGGCGCAUCUGGAAACCCUGGCGUCCCCUCACGAACCAACAGGCUCUGCGAGAAUGGAAGAGAUCCAGAGACAAUGA